AUGGCCUGCCAGCAUGGUGUACGGGAGCAGCCAGAGGAAGACGGAGUAGAGGACAUGACGCAGCUGGAGGAGCUGUCUGAUGGAUCUGUGCUGCUCAACCUGAAGAGGUUUGAGAGGAGAUCAUCUAUACACCUGUUUGCCAUAGCAAACGUCUCCUACACCAAAAUGAUGGAUGUCAAACAGAACCAGGUUAUUAUAAUCAGUGGGGAGAGUGGAUCAGGGAAGACCGAGGCCACUAAACUGCUGCUGUGUUACCUAGCAGCAAUACACCACAAACACAACAUUACACAACAGAAUCCUUUGGAAACGCCAAAACAGUUCGCAACGACAACUCCAGUCGCUUUGGGAAAUAGCGUGGAGAUCUAUCUGGAGGAGGGUUUGAUCAGCGGUGCCAUAACCUCUCAGUAUCUGAUGGAAAAGUCCCGUAUAGUCUUCCAGGCCAGAGAUGAGAGGAACUAUCAUAUCUUCUAUGAGAUGCUGUCAGGUCUUCCCCCCCAGCAGAGACAGGCCUUCUACCUGCAGGAGGCUGAGACAUAUUAUUACCUGAACCAGGGAGGGGAUUGUGGGAUAGCAGGAAAGAGUGACAGGGAGGACUUCCUCCGUCUGCUGGCUGCUAUGGAGAUCCUUCACUUCACCCCUGACGACCAGGCGUCCAUCUUUAGAGUCCUGUCUUCUAUUCUACACCUGGGGAACGUCUACUUCCAAAGAUAUGAGGCGGAUGGCCAGGAGGUGGCGUCUGUGGUCAGUGCUCAGGAGAUCAGAGUCGUAGCUGAGCUGCUCCAGAUCUCCCCUGAGGGACUCCAGAAGGCCAUCACACACAAAGUCACGGAGACCAUGAGGGAGAAGAUCUACACCCCUCUGACGGUAGAGAGUGCUGUAGACGCCAGAGAUGCUGUUGCCAAGAUCCUGUACUCUCUGUUGUUCCACUGGCUGACUGAGAGGAUUAAUGGACAGGUGUAUCCUCGACAUCACGCUCUGUCAAUAUCUGUGCUGGAUAUAUAUGGCUUUGAGGACCUGUCCUUCAACAGCUUUGAGCAGCUGUGUAUUAACUAUGCUAAUGAGUACCUGCAGUUCUUCUUCAAUAGGAUCGUCUUCAGACAGGAGCAGGAGGAGUACAACAGGGAGCAGAUCCCCUGGCAGGACAUCCCGUUCAGCGACAACCAGUCCUGCAUCGACCUCAUCUCCUCUAAGCCCCAUGGGAUACUGAAGAUCCUGGAUGACCAGAGCUGCUUUCCCCAGGCGACAGACCACACCUUCCUCCAGAAGUGUCAUUAUCACCAUGGUAACAACAAGAUCUACCUGAAGCCAAAGAUGCCCCUCCCAGAAUUCACCAUCAAACACUUCGCUGGCCCAGUCACCUACCAGGUUCACAAGUUUCUGGAUAAGAACUACGACCAGGUUGGACAGCAGGUUCUGGAUCUGUUCAGCCACAGCAAGAACAAGAUGGUGGCCAACCUCUUCCUGGUUCACGCGGAGGUCGUAGGUCAGCAUAGAGGUCAUGUGAGGAAGAGCAGCACGGUGACCCGGAGACACCAGCCCCCCACCGUCUCCACCAAGUUCACCCUGUCACUUCUGGAGCUGGUAGACAAGAUGGAGAGGUGCAACCCAUCGUUUAUACGUUGCAUAAAGCCAAACAGACAGAAGGAGCCAGGUGUGUUUGAGACGGAGCUGGUCGGCAGUCAGCUGAGGUAUUCUGGUAUCUUGGAGACCAUCAGGAUCCGUAGAGAGGGUUACCCUGUUAGACUGGCCUUCAACAUCUUCCUGUUCAGGUACAAGUCUCUGGUGGGUGUGAAGCAGCCUCCAGCUCCUGAUGGGGAGAACUGUGUCAUCAUGCUCAGCAAACUGGUUCCGCUCCGACCCGGGGCCUACCAAGUAGGAGUGACUAAGCUGUUUCUGAAGGAGGACGUGUACCAGCUGUUGGAGUCUAAGAGAGAGCGUGUCCGUCAAUCUGUUUCUGAAGGAGAACGUCUGUUUCUGAAGGAGGACGUGUACCAGCUGUUGGAGUCUAAGAGAGAGCGUGUUCGUCAGGUGGCGGCCCUCACCCUGCAGAGAUACACACGCAUGUUCUUUGUCAGGAAACGAUACAAGGAGUUCAGAACCAAGAUCAUCAGACUACAGGCCUACUGUAGAGGCUUCCUCACCAG